AUGAAGCGAUCUGAACUGCUCCUGACCCCCGGUCAUGAAGCUGAGGAGAUGCAAGGGGGUUCAUCUCAACCUUCAGUGCAGUCGAUCCCUGAUGUUGAAGCGAUCCGAUCUCCUCCUCACCAAGAAGAGCCGCCUCCACCUCCCCCAGCUGCUCCGAGAACGGAAAGGGGCCCUUCCCAAUUUGGUGUGAGAAACCUUUCCAGGGGAGCCCAAGUGCUGAUCCAUUCCUUGGAAAAGAACAGAACCGUCCGGGAGAAUCCGGAUUUAGCUAAGCAUAUAGUGCGAGAAAAGGCUCACCGCCUGAGCAAGGAGGUCGAGCAGAAGAGUCAUGAAGUGUCUUCCCUCCGAUCCCAGAUUUCAUCCGCUCAGAACUAUAUAUCCGAUAUUGAGGGGCAGAUGAAACUUUACCAGGAUAAGCUAGCCGAGCAGACUCGUGUUCUGGCUGAGCGAACCCGUAUUCUGGAAGAAGUUCAGGCGCUUCGGACCGAUGAAGUUGCUCGCCUCGCUCUCUUUACUGAGGAGCUCAAGACCCCCGGUCAUGAAGCUGAGGAGAUGCAAGGGGGUUCAUCUCAACCUUCAGUGCAGCCGAUCCCUGAUGUUGAAGCGAUCCGAUCUCCUCCUCACCAAGAAGAGCCGCCUCCACCUCCCCCAGCUGCUCCGAGAACGAAAAGGGGCCCUUCCCAAUUUGGUGUGAGAAACCUUUCCAGGGGCACCCAAGUGCUGAUCCAUUCCUUGGAAAAGAACAGAACCGUCCGGGAGAAUCCGAAUUUAGCUAAGCACAUAGUGCGAGAAAAGGCUCACUGCCUGAGCAAGGAGGUCGAGCAGAAGAGUCAUGAAGUGUCUUCCCUCCGAUCCCAGAUUUCAUCCACUCAGAACUAUAUAUUCGAUAUUGAGGGGCAGAUGAAACUUUACGAGGAUAAGCUAGCCGAGCAGACUCGUGUUCUGGCUGAGCGAACCCGUAUUCUGGAAGAAGUUCAGGCGCUUCGGACCAAUGAAGUUGCUCGCCUCGCUCUCCUUACUGAGGAGCUCAAGGCGAAAGAAGAAGAGAUGGUGACAGGGGUGGCUGGUGCUUAUGGGAAGCAAUGGCCUCAACCCAUUUAG